AUGAGUCAAAUCUCGGCACUCACAUUUCUCUUUUUAUUCUUUUUCUCGACAACAACAUCGUUGAAGUGUUACGAAGAUGAGAGCACGACAAAGCAUCAUUCAGAUAAGAAAAAGGAGGUCGAGUGCGCUUGCGGAGAUUAUUGUGUGAAAUUCUAUAUCGAGGCAAUGGGAAAAGAGGGUUCACAAUGGGGAUGCGGAUGUUAUAAUGAGGUCGAAGGACAAAUCAAUAUGUGUCAGCAAAAAGGUCGCGAUGUUUGGGGCACCGAUCCAGAGAUCGAGAUGAGAUCCACAAUUGCUUUCUGCUUUGUUUUGUUGCUCGUUUCGGUGGAGGCGCGAAAAUGUUGGAGCGAUGCCAGUAGCGAUGGGAAACACACGAAAAAGAAGAAAGCUGUAACGUGCGAUUGUGGAGAUUAUUGCAUGAAAGUUGGAACAGACAAACGCGAAGUGACAUGCGACUGCGGUGACUACUGUGUGAAGUGGCAGUACAUGGGUGUUUAUACGUGGGGUUGCUCGUGUUCGUCGGGUGUGUCGGGUGAUCUGUGUCCAUCCACUGAAAAGGCCACUCCUGUCGGCACUUUUUACUGUUGCAAAGGGAAUAAAUGCAAUGGAUCGACAAGUGCUUUCAAUGUGAUGAUCAUCGCUUUUCUCUCGUCAAUCUCUUUAAAAAAGAAAUCACGUGCUCGUGUGGUGACUAUUGCUACAAGUGGAAGAGUCCGG